UCAAGCUGGGCUCAUUUUCAAUCCUUUUUUUCCUUCUGUCAGUUUUCCAAAUUCAUAGAACAGCGAAAAUCGAAAAAUAAUCUGCGGAUUUGCUUGAACAAAAAUCCUUUCUGCAAUCGUUUUGUAUCAAGAUAUCUUUUACUAUUUUUUGCCAUACAUACGAUCUGUGAAACGUGCUAUACAUCUUCUACUAUCUGCUGUUUGGCUCCUUGUAUCGGAUUAGUUCCAGUUAAUACACCCAAGAUACAUUUCUUGUAAUAUCAAUGAGUAAAAUGACAAAAAACAAACUCAAUUUGACGUUGCCACCUGGUUCCGUGGAUGUUCCUGCUGGACAACAAACAACGCCAACACCCUCCUUUAAAACUCCAUCAGGUACCGAAUACGUGAUUGGAAAACACAAUCUUUUGGGAAAAGCCAAGAACAGCAUCGAUGCACUUACCGAAACAUUGGAAGAGCUUGAAAUGGAAGAAAGUGCACGUAAACGCAUUAAAGUGUUUCUCAGUCAAAAAGAAAAAAUUGGCGAACUCAGUGAUGAGGAUUUAGAGAAACUAGGCGAGUUGGGUUCCGGAAAUGGGGGAGUUGUAAUGAAGGUACGUCACAUUCCUACGCAGCUCAUAAUGGCACGCAAAUUGAUACACCUAGAAGUAAAACCUGCAAUCAAAAAGCAGAUUAUACGAGAACUUAAGGUAUUACACGAGUGUAAUUUUCCGCACAUAGUUGGAUUCUAUGGCGCAUUCUACAGUGAUGGAGAGAUAAGCAUAUGUAUGGAAUACAUGGAUGGUGGCUCAUUAGACCUAAUUUUAAAACGAGCAGGAAGAAUCCCGGAAGCUAUUUUGGCAAAAAUAACAUCGGCAGUACUGAAAGGACUAAGCUAUCUGAGAGAUAAGCAUGCCAUUAUGCAUAGGGAUGUUAAACCGAGCAACAUUCUUGUAAAUAGCAGUGGAGAGAUAAAGAUUUGUGAUUUCGGCGUUUCUGGUCAGUUGAUUGAUUCAAUGGCCAAUUCUUUUGUAGGUACUCGAAGUUAUAUGUCGCCCGAGCGCUUACAAGGAACGCAUUAUUCUGUUCAAUCUGACAUAUGGUCACUGGGACUCUCUUUAGUUGAAAUGGCGAUUGGAAUGUAUCCAAUUCCUCCUCCAGAUGCAAAAACAUUAGAUUUAAUAUUUCAGGAGCGUGGAGAAGACUGCUCUCCUGGACAAAGCAUAAUUGAACCUAAACCAAUGGCUAUUUUUGAACUACUGGACUACAUUGUAAACGAACCUCCGCCUAAGUUAGAGCACAAUUCUUUUACCGACCGUUUUAAAAAUUUUGUUGAUCUUUGUCUAAAGAAGAACCCCGAGGAGCGUGCAGAUUUAAAAACACUCAUGAAUCACGAAUGGAUUAAAAACAUUGAAACGGAGGACGUUGAUAUUGCAGGAUGGGUGUGCAAAACCAUGGAUCUUGCACCAUCAACGCCCAAAAGGAACGCGUCACCAUUUUCAAAUUAAUUUGUGGCCAGGCAAGGGUUUUUUGAGUUGUAGGGGGAGCUUUUUUAUUUGAUUGAUGUUAUGGAAGGUCAAAUAACACAAGACAUUUAGUUUGCUGAGUACCGGAUAAAAGUAACUACAGUUUAUGUAUUUAUUAUAACUUUUUUUUCAAUAUAUUAAACCUUUUCCACUA